AAUUUGUAUCUCUCGCGAUUAUUUUGAAUAUUAUUAUAAUCUCAUACGAAUUAUACUUUAUAAGUCUUUUUUCACAAUACAGUUACGAUGUACAAAAACGCUAUGCGUCUGAUUUUGACUGGAUUGAAAAGUAUGCAAGGUCCAUCACGUGUAUGGAGCUCAUCGUUGAUCAACGGUGACACAUUUCCACGUAUGGGUGAAAGCGUGCGACAGUUCGCCAUCCUAAACACCGUGAACGGCCAAUGUAAACCAACUGUGACCUGUGCUAAGGAGGUACCCUGUACCGGCUUACCACCUAUGGCGAUUAACGGGUUCGGCCGGAUAGGUAAAUGCGUUCUCCGGAUGGCCCUUCACGAAGACGUGAACGUGGUCGCAAUCAACCAGCCGGGCGCCAAAAUAGAGGACAUUGCUCGCUCGUUAAAAUUCGACACUGUGCACGGGACGUUUGCCGGAAACGUUAGCGUAAAGGGUGAUAACUGUCUGGACAUCGACGGCAAAACCGUGCGAUUAUAUAAUGAAAAGGACCCCGAAAAGAUCAAAUGGAAAGAGUUGCAGGUCGAAUACGUUAUAGACUCGACCGGAAAAUUCACAGAAGUUGAACCAGCCAAGAAACACUUGGCGGCGGGCGUCAAAAAAGUUAUUAUCAGCGCUCCGAGCAAAGACGCACCCAUGUUCGUGAGAGGCGUCAACUUUGAUAAAUACAAAAAAGAUAUGACUGUGGUGUCAAACGCAUCUUGUACAACCAAUUGUGCGGCACCAUUGAUAAACAUCAUCAACCAAAAAUAUGGCGUAGAACAGUGUCUACUGACGACUGUUCACGCCGUGACUUCCUCCCAGCAAGUCCACGACGGAGUUAAGGCGUCAUCGGCCAUAUCAAACAUCGCACACAGCACGACAGGCGCCGCAAAAGCCGUGGGUAUCGUCAUACCGGAGCUCAAAGGAAAAGUGACUGGUGACUCGAUAAGAGUGCCCGUGCUCGACGUUUCACUGCUAAAACUCUAUAUAAAUGUUAAAAAAUCAGUGAAACUCGAGGAAUUGAUGUGUCCAAAGCUCUGGGAGUGCGAAGUGAUAUCCUAUAUCAAUGAUAAACUAGCCAGCUCAGCUUUCAUUGGCAGCUAUUGUUCAGCAAUUGUAGACUUUCGCCAAAUCUCAGUUAUGGGCAACAAAUUCAUGACUAUAGGUGCGUGGUACGACAAUGAAAUGGGGUAUGCAAAAAGGCUGUUGGACUUGUACAAUCACAUGGUCAAAGUGGACAACAAGAAACCGGCAUGCUGAUUCGAUAAAAUUCUAUCGUCAAAAACCACCUAGCGUCCAAGGUAGAUAUUUAGCUAUGUUAAUUAUAUUUUUAAUUAUAAAUGUAAUACAUUUUCCAGUCUUUCCGAAUAAUUAACAUAAUAUAUAAUAUAAUAUAAUAUAUUAUGUAGGUACUAAAUAUCGUCCUAGGUGGGUUACUGGGUGUUUACGAUAGCUAUUAUAUAGAAAGUCGGCAAAAUUAUCAAAUUUCCUAUUUAAAAUAUAAUGCAUAUAUUGUAGUGCAGUUUUUCAAUGUUAUAUAUACCCUCCCCUUUGAAAUAGUCUAAAAAAUAUAAAAAAUAUUUAAGGGGACUCGAUACCGUGAUUUUCUGUUUUUGUCUAACACACGCAACAUAGGAUCUUAGACUGGUUCUUUACCAAACAUACCAAUUAUUGAUCUAAUGAAGUGAUAAGAAUUCUAAAAACAGAUUUGAAUUUGUCGUCAAGUCGUGAAUCGACUUUCCCAAAUGUUUGUUUUUUUUUGAUUUUGACUUCUCCUAGAAAUUUGGGGGAUAACACCAAACACGUGGGAAAGUUGAUUUCAAGUAGACAUGACGACAAUUUUAAUCUGUUUUCAGAAUUCUUAUCGCUUCAAUAGAUCAAUUGGAACGGUUGGCAAAAACACGUAUAAAAUACUAUGUCGCGUGUAUGUUAGACAAAAACUUAAAAUCGCGGUAUCGA